GUCAUUUCCCGGCGCCUGUGGCAACUUCGUGGCAUGCGCUCCCUCUCUACGGGGAGGUGGGAAGGGAAGGAGCCUUUGCUAAGUGGAGCUGGUCUAACUUCUGAGGCGUCCCGUCCGCUUGGCAGGCUGCAGCAGGCAACAUGGCAGCCCUGUGGAAAGCUUACCAGAGGCUGAUGGCCAGGCAUCCUUGGAAAGUACAGAUUGUCACGGCUGGGACCCUGGUGGGUGCCGGAGAUGUGAUCUCUCAACAGCUGGUGGAAAAGAGAGGGCUGACUGGACACAAUGGCCAGAGGACCCUGAAGAUGAUGACCGUUGGCUUUUGCUUUGUGGGUCCAGUCAUCGGAAGCUGGUACCAAGUGCUGGAUCGUCUGGUACCAGCCAAGACCAAAGUGGCUGCUCUCCAGAAGAUGCUGCUAGACCAGGGCGGGUUUGCUCCCUGCUUCCUCGGCUGUUUCCUGGCUGUGGUGGGGACGCUCAACGGCUUGUCCGUGGAAGACAACUGGAGCAAGAUCAAACGGGACUACAAAGACACCUUGAUCACCAACUACUAUAUCUGGCCAGCUGUGCAAGUUGUCAACUUCUACUUCGUCCCCUUGAACUACAGGCUGGCUGUGGUUCAGUGUGUGGCCAUCCUCUUCAACUCCUACCUCUCCUGGAAGACUAAUCAACUGUGACUUAGCUGCAUGAAGACGCAGAGGCUGUUCUGGUCACCAGCUCAUGCAGUGCCCGCUUCUUCCCUCCUUCCUGGUGCCUCAUCCAGCACUUGCUCCCUUAGACUCUUGUUUUUCACCCAGGAAGUUGCCUGAUGCACACAGCAGAGUAUUCUGCCUUGGCAACCCUCAGUCACACAACCCCUGUUUAGUCCCUUCGACCCCAAACAAGUGGAGACUGCCCCAAACCACGAUUAUGAGGGCUUGCCUGUGCACAUAACUGUGCCAUCAUGAGCCAGAGUGAAGAUACUCCUCAACCCCAGGAGGAGUGGAGUCACAGGCUAACUGUUGGACACUACAGGAAGGAAACAGAUCCACUUCCCGUGGUGCUAAAGACCUGAAUAGUGCUAUAGGCAUUCAGAAAAUUGCUAUUGCAUUUGCAGCAGAAAUCUUUUUGGAAAAGAAACAUUAAGGCACUGCAAACAUGGAGCCCAAAGCCUUGCCAGUACCCAACUUCUGUUGGUAAUUUCCAGAGGGUGUCGUGGUAAAUAGUGGUGGACUCUAAUCUGGAGAACCAGGUUUGAUUCCUCAUUCCUCCAGGUGAGCAGUGGACUCUUAUCUGGUGAACUGGAUCUGUUUCCCUACUCCUAUACAUGAAGCCUGCUGGGUG